CAAAGACCCUGUCAUAUGAAACCCUGUCAUAUGAAACCCUGUCCUCUAAGACCCUGUCCUCUGAGACCCUGUCCUCUGAGACCCUGUCAUAUGAGACCCUGUCCUCUGAGACCCUGUCAUAUGAAACCCUGUCCUAUGAGACCCUGUCCUCUGAGACCCUGUCGUAUGAAACCCUGUCCUCUGAGACCUUCUGGGACCCUGUCAUAUGAGACCCUGUCAUAUGAAGCCCUGUCCUCUGCAACCCUGUCCUCUAAGACCCUGUCCUCUGAGACCCUGUCCUCUGAGACCCUGUCCUCUAAGACCCUGUCCUCUGAGACCCUGUCCUAUGAGACCCUGUCCUCUGAGACCCUGUCCUCUGGGACCCUGUCAUAUGAAACCCUGUCCUCUGAGACCCUGUCCUCUAAGACCCUGUCCUCUGAGACCCUGUCCUAUGAGACCCUGUCCUCUGAGACCCUGUCCUCUGGGACCCUGUCAUAUGAAACCCUGUCCUCUGGGACCCUGUCCUCUGGGACCCUGUCCUAUGAGACCUUGUCCUCUGAGACCCUGUCCUCUGAGACCCUGUCAUAUGAGACCCUGUCAUAUGAAACCCUGUCACAUGAAACCCUGUCCUCUGGGACCCUGUCCUAUGAGACCUUGUCCUCUGAGACCUUGUCCUAUGAGACCCUGUCCUAUGAGACCCUGUCCUCUGGGACCCUGUCCUAUGAGACCCUGUCCUCUGAUCGUCAGUAGACCUGUCAUGAUUUGUGUGUCUUUGUGUUUCCACAGAAACCAGCCAACAUCCUGGUGAUGGGAGAAGGUCCUGAGCGAGGAAGAGUCAAAAUUGGUAAAAUUCUCCUCAGUCCUGAUUUGUGAGUCCGUGCUGUUAGAGGAAUGUCUCUUCAUCAUGGAAGAGGUUGAAACGUGUGGACUUGUCUGAGUGGGGGGGUCUGCAGCUGUUAAUCCGUCCUGCAGGUGGUCACAGAUCUCAGAUCAGUGUUACGUAACCAGCUGCUCAGGAGGGAGGAUCACUGCCAGGCUGCUGCUUAUUCUAAACUCUGUCAGCACAGUGAUAGUUCUGAGGUCAGCUCUACCACCGCUGGGUCGACUGCAGGAACACGUGUCCACUCUGUGCGUUAAAUACUUUGGACAAGUUAUUAACCAACCAUGUGUUAACUGCUGAACUUAGAACAGCCUCACUUUGAGGAAAUAAAAGUGGAAUUCUGACAGGAUGAUGUGCUAAUGCCUUGCUGCUGGAUUAAACCAGCUCCAAGCUCCUCAGGUUUGUAGCAGUUCCCACAAAUUCUGCUUUAUAAGCCCUUUAUAUCUGAGUAUGACCACCG